CUUACUACCCUACUCCUCAACAAUGGUUAAUUUUGUAAAACCUUCAAUAUAUCUUCAUUUUAUGGAAGCAAAUUUGAUGCACCCAUGUCAUAUCUACGUGUUAUAUGUGCCAAUAAAAUUGUCGUAAGGGUCAAAUUUUCCAUUACUGGGAAGUGAGAAUGAGUUUUGCUGAUGAAAUAUUUGUUAAAAGACAGCAACUGAAGCACGUCUCGACUGUCUUAACUCAUACUGAUGACACAAAGGUUUUAACAAGCAACUUGACUUGUGGGGACAAAGUCUGUGCAGUAAUUGGUAAAGUCGAUGGUUAUUGCAUAGAUACAAGUAUUGACGACAAGAUAUAUCAUGUAGCAGACAACUUGUACAUUUCUUCACAAGAUGGAGCUUGUAAUCUUGAACAUUUAAGGCUGCACAAAAUUACUCAUAUUGUUAAUGUUGCCACAGGAAUUGUAAAUCAAUUUCCAAAUGAGUUUCAGUACAAAACAGUAGAAAUUUUGGAUUUACCUGACACAAGAAUAGAUCAGCAUUUUGCUGAGCUGUCCUCAUUCAUUGAAAAGGGACUGGAGGAUGGAAAGGUUUUGGUUCAUUGCAAUGCAGGGGUGUCCAGGUCUUCGACUGUUGUCAUUGCUUACCUUAUGAAAUCUAAGAAUAUUGGGUUAGAUGAUGCAUUUCAUUUGGUAAAGAAAGCACGACCAACAGUAAAACCUAAUGAAGGUUUUUGGAGGCAGCUGAAGGAAUAUGAUUUAUUAUUAAGACAAUCAAACAAUCCAAGUGAUGGAAGAACCAACAAAUAAUGGUAAAGCAUUCUUGUAUAAUGGUUGAAUAUGCACAUGAGCCAAGUGAAAGGACCAAAAUCAAUGGUGAACCAUUCUUGUAUGGUGCUACAACAUGCACUUUACCCAUGUGAAAUGAAGAACAAAAUUAAUGGUGAACCAUUCCUGUAUGGUGCUACAACAUGCACAUGACCCAUGUGAAAUGAAGAACAAAAUAUAAUGGUGAACCAUUCCUAUAUGAUAAUAAAACAUACAGCAAAACUAAACAAUGUAACCCAAUAAGGUUAUUGUAUACAAUGUUUGAUGUUUCCUGAAACCCAAUAGUCAUCGAAGUUGUUGUUUUUGAAUACUUAGUAAACUCAACUUCUACCAUAACCCUCCCUUGGCUAACUUUAUUUUUAGAAUUGGGUAGAAAAGAUACAAGAUGAAUAUGAAAAACCAUAAUAGUCUUUUACAUAAUGAUAUAUUUAAGUUCUAAUAUUUUAUCUCUAUAAAUCUUCAGCUGGAGAGCACAAUCUGAUUGCUUACUUUGACAAAUGUUAUCACCUGUCAUGAUUAAUCUGUAUAAAUAUUUCCUUGGAUCUGUUAUCAUAGAUAUUUUAUAGCAAUACAGCUCUAAGUAAAAUUAUUUGCUCCUUUUGUUUA